AGUAAUUAUGUGAGUCUUUGUGUACAAGGACUACAAUUUAAAGUCCCUGAGUGUGUUUCUCUCUGUAAACUAGGGGUGUGCAGUUUCUAAGGAUCACACUCACACGCAUGCCUCUGAAUGUUUCAACUGAACAGUUAGGGAUAUACUAGGGACAUAUUAGGGACAACUGAACACUCAACAGUUAAGAAUUUGGAUGUAGGAAGCUAAUUUCGUAUCAAAAGCUUCAAAUGAGAGGCCAGAGUUAGCCGAUGAAGUAGAAAUUAUUAAGGGAGAAAGAAAACUUCAAGAAAGAAAACUCCACCAAGAGCUGUGAAGAGCGGAUCUCUUGUAGCAUUGAAGACUUCGUGGGGGCCAGCUCAUGGAGUGCCCGGUGUGCUUCUCCCUCUUGCUCCUGCUGGCCUGUAAUGGCCUAAUGCCCAGCGCUGAGGGGCGCAAGGACGGACCUCACACUGACCGCGCCCUGAAAGAUGCGGCUCAGAAACGCUCGUCCCGCUCCUCGGACCUGAAGGCGGGCCGCUGCUCCUACACCUUCAUCGUGCCCCAGCAGAAGCUGAAGGGCGCCCUGUGCGUCAGCCAGGAGUCCGUCGGUCACGCCGCCGCCGCCAACCUCUCAGAGGUGGUGUCACUGCGGCGGGAGCUGAGCCGUCAGCAGGAGCAGCUGGAGAGGGUGCGUACGCAGCUGGAGCAGGAGGGCGCCAUGGCAACCGAGGUGCGGACACUGCGGCGGGAAAGCAGUGCCAUGAACGCCCGCAUCGCCCAGCUCUACGCCGAGCUGCUGCAUGAGAUCACCCACAAGAAGAGCCAGGACCUGGAGCAGCGGAGACUGGAGAACCUGCUCCUCAACUCCACCUCUCAGGUGCUGCAGGUGACCAGCAGCUACCGAGAGCUGGAGAAGAAGUACGAGGCUCUAACCUCUAUGAUGAGCAACCAGAGCCAUCUGCUAAAAGACCUGGAAAAACAGUGUCAACUCUGCAACAAACCCUCACAGACAGAACAAGAGAAGGCACCAUCCUCCGGUUUGCUGUCCAGUCCGAAAUCCAAUGACGUCCAGAGAGACCAGAGUGCCCCGCCGCCUAACUCCAAGUCUGUGCGGGGUGUCCCGGAAGUGGUCACAGCCCCACCUGCCCACUCCACUGACUCCCCACUCAUCAGCCUCCCCGUCACCAAGAGCCCAGGGCCGUGGCGGGACUGCCAGCACGUGCUGGAGUCGGGCGAGACCACCAGCGGCAUCUACCUGCUGCGCCCGCAGGGCACCAACCUGCUGGUGCAGGCCUGGUGCGAGCAGAGCCGUGCCAUGGGGGGCUGGACCGUCAUCCAGAGGAGGCAGGACGGCUCCGUCAACUUCUUCCGCACCUGGGAGUUUUACAAGCAAGGCUUUGGGAAUCUGGACGGGGAGUACUGGCUGGGUCUGGAGCACCUCUACUGGCUUGCUGCACAGGCCACCUACAAGCUGAGGGUGGCCAUGGAGGACUGGAAGGGACGCCAUGUGUUCGCCGAGUACGACAGCUUCCGCCUGGAGCCGGAGAGUGACCGGUACCGUCUGCGUCUGGGCGACUACAGUGGCAACGCUGGGGACUCGCUCUCGUGGCACAGUAACAAAGCUUUUACCACUCACGACCGUGACAACGAUCAUUAUUUAGGGAACUGUGCCCACUACCACAAAGGGGGCUGGUGGUACAACAUGUGUGCCCACUCCAACUUGAACGGCGUGUGGUACAGGGGCGGGCACUACCGGAGCCGCUACCAGGACGGGGUCUACUGGCAGGAGUUCCACGGAGGCGCGUACUCUCUCAAGAAAGUCACCGUGAUGAUCAAACCCACUUAAAUGAGCGAGGUCGACAACAAAGAGAUGCUGUGGGACACGGCUCUCACAUGAUGGACAUACUGAGCACCAGCCGUCUCUGGUUGUCAGCGAGAUGUUGAAGUGUGGACUGUCACUCAACAAUGCGUGGACGUUAGUUAACAGACACACUUUUUGUCCACACGUCUGAGGAAAAAACACAAAAAGGUCCCAACUGCAAGUGGACGUUUUCUUCUUAAUGAUGUGUGAUUCUGAAUAUAUAUGGAGAAGCACAAUGAGAAAACAUUGAGGUUUUAAUAGCGCUGUGUGUGUACAUUCAUGGACUGUUGAUGAGUUCUUGAGCCAACCCCCAUCCAGAGAGAUGCGUUGUUUUAUAAAGCGAUGCAGUAUGUGCAUAAUCUGGAGUUCUACUUUGAGGCUACAAAGUGCCAAAUGGCAUUCUUGCCAGUAUGAGAAGGUUCGUUUCAUGUGUUCAUGUUUCUUCAAAA